AUGGGCAACGACAAGAAAAUCGGCGCGUAUUAUGCCCCAACGGGGGGACUGCCGCCACAGACGCAGCUUCUCACGGACCGCGCCAUGUUCACCGAAGCCUACGCCGUCAUCCCCAAGGGCACCUUCAGCGAUAUCGUGACAAGCUUUCUGCCCUUCUGGGACAACACGCGGCUGUGGGUGAUCGCCCGUCCGCUGUCGGGCUUUGCUGAGACCUUUUCGCAGUACAUUGUCGAGGUCCAGCCGGGGGGUGGAAGUGACCGCGCCGAACUCGACAGCGAGGCCGAGGGAGUGCUGUUUAUCGUCGGAGGGGAGGUUACUGUGACUGUGGCCGGCGCAUCGCACACGCUCACCGAGGGAGGAUAUGCAUUCCUGCCUCCGAACAGCGGCUGGACGCUGCGUAACAAGGGGACCGCCACCGCUCGCUUCCACUGGAUCCGCAAGGCCUAUGAAUACGUGGAUGGCCUCGAUGCACCUGAACCACUGUUCCUGAACGAGAAAGAUAUCACGCCAACUGCAAUGCCGAACACCGACGGUGCUUGGGCCACCACCCGCUUUGUCGACCCCAGCGAUAUGCGCCAUGAUAUGCACGCCACAAUCGUCACCUUCAAGCCGGGCGGCGUCAUCCCCUUUGCCGAGACGCAUGUCAUGGAACAUGGCCUGUAUGUGCUCGAAGGCAAGGCAGUGUACCGCCUCAACCAGGACUGGGUGGAAGUGGAAGCGGGCGACUUCAUGUGGCUGCGAGCCUUCUGCCCACAGGCCUGUUAUGCCGGUGGGCCUGGCAACUUUCGCUACCUGCUUUAUAAGGAUGUGAACCGACAUAUGAAGCUUCCGCGAUCCAAAAUAUAG